AUGUCUCAGUCGAACGGCGAUCACCCAAGGAACUCAGCCAUGCUGAAUAUACACGAUCCUGUUGCGAUGCACCUGCUCGCCGAAACAGCCAUGGUUGACAGCAAGGAUUACGAGGUUCUAUCCUUCGAAGAGGUGGAGCAGCUAAAGAAGGAGAAGAGCUUUCUCAGCAAUAGAGUAGAUGCGACUCGAAGGAAGUUGGCUCUCGAGAUCAAGGUCCGCGACGCCGCCCAGUCACUCAACCGCUUAUACACUCCGAAGGGUCGUACACCAAGUAUAGAUCUGAAUGGCGAAGCCAACGGGCACUCGCCACCUAGAUCCAGGAAAAGGAAUUUCCUUGGCAGCAAAAGCAGCAUCACCGAGGCGUCUAACCGGGCCGAUGAUGAAUACGCUGCAAGCGCAAAGCGGGUGGAAGAGGUCAGGCAGGAGCUAUCUGGGCAAGAAAAAAGAUUAGAGAUGUGUGAGAUGCGGCUCCUUCAGCAUACGGCCGGUAUUCUGCAAAUGACCCAUCGAGGUCUCAAGAAGAAUGUCCGAAGGAAUCAGUUGCCCCACAGCCCUGAGAGCAUGUCAAGCCGAAACAGGUCAACUUACGGCAUAGACGGCCUCAACGAUUUUGACGAGCGGAGCCUGUACCAGGUCCCUGACUAUGUGCGAGAUGCUCACAUUUCCGGAUUACCGCCCCUCAAUUCCGGACCGGAUCAACGUCAGAUGGAUCAAAUGUCCUCUCGUUUGAACGCCUUGGCCAACCGAUUAUAUGACUUAGUUAUGCAAUCUGGCCCUCAGGAGCAUUUUGAGUCACCCCCGGAACCGGCAAACGACAGGAGUGCGCACGCCCAGAACCAGAUCGGUUACCUUGAGCAGGGGCUCAAUGCUAUAGAAGCAGCCCAGUCCCGACCGGGCGCCGAUACACCACGAGCGCAAGACAAGGGAGGUCAGCUCCAAGACGUUAAUGUCCGUCUACAAGACAUGCUUGCUCGCACGAACUCGGUGAGCAGGAGUCCUGUGUUGGAGCAAUCAGCUCCAGAGGCUGCGGAUAUGCAGACCCAACUCGCCUUCUCCAACGACGCACUUGAUCGAUUGAACAAGAGGAUAGACUCCUUGGUCGAACAGAAAGAUAUACUCACCCGGCAAAUACAGCAGCAGCGGGAGCUCAACAGCAAGUCCGAUGCCCAACGAGACGCUCAGAUACAUGAUCUCAAUGAUCAAUUGGCGGAGGCGAAGAAGCUUCAAGCGCUGAGCGAACAGGAAUCGCAAACAUUGCAAAAACAAGUGGAUCAGCUGAUCGAGCAAGUGGACCAGGCCAAGCAAGACAGCGUUCUUGUGCAACAGCAGAAGACUCCAAAUGUCGCGCUUGAAGAGCAAAUCAAACAGCAUGAAGAGGCUAGGCAGAGACUGCAGACAGACCUCGAAUCGAAGACCAAGGAACUAGAAUCCAGCCAAUCCGAGAUGGAACGACUCGAGUCUGAAGUAGUGCGUGUGACAACCGAGCUCACCAUGGCCAGGGCAGAUCUUGACAGCGCGUAUGGCUCCAGAGCUCAGCGAGCUGCUGAUGUAUCGUCUAAUCCCGCCGUUCAGAAAGAGAUUGAAGAUCUGAAACGUGAGCUAAAGGAGACUAUCGAGGAUUAUGAAGUCAUGACCAAGCAGAGCAUAGAGGCCGAGAAAGAGCGCGACAAGUACGAGGAGAAGAUCGAUACUCUGGAGCAGAAAUGCGAAGCCCUCGAAUCUCAGCUUAACGAGGAGAAAGUCAAAUGGAUGGGUGUCAAACAAAGCGCACCCAAUGAUCCAACCUCGGCCAUGGUGUUGAAGAACGAAUUUAAGAAGAUGAUGCGAGACACCAGAGCCGAGCAGAUGAAGAUGUACAAGGCUGAGCAAGAAGAACGACGUCGUCUUGAGGGCAUUCUUCGACAGAUGCGAAAGGACAGUGGGCAGUUGACCCCCCGAAAGUUACCGCCUAUUGCUGCGACGGGUGCUCAGUGA